AACAAUAUCUGGUGGAAAAUGACUUCACGGAGGACAACAGCACGCUCCUCUAAUGGGAAUGGGAGGUCCAGUAAUGGGGAAGAUGUCAACGGGAGCAGCCGGCUUGGUGGUUGCAGCUACCUCUCUAAUGUGAGGCCAGAAAACAGGAGCACACUCUGCAGUGUGAUUGCCCAUUUAACUGAAGAAACACAGCCCUCCUUUGAAAUUACCCUGAAGUCAAAAGCUGUUUCCGAAAAUUCCAACGUGAAGUUCUCCUGUGUGGUUACAGGAUACCCGGCCCCUCAGGUUACGUGGUAUAAAGAUGACAUGCAGUUGGACAGAUACUGUGGACUUCCUAAAUAUGAAAUAUUCCGCAAUGGACAAAACCAUUCCCUGCACAUUUACAAGUGCACUGUAGAGGAUGCAGCUAUAUAUCAGGCCUCAGCAAUCAACUGUAAAGGUAUUGUGUCCUGCUCUGGGGUUCUGGAGGUGGGUGAGAUGAACGAGUUCAAAAUCCACCAGCGGUACUUUGCCAAGGUCAAACAGAAGGCUGAGAAUAGACGCAGGGAAGCAGAAGGGAAAGAAAACCAGGAGCCGAUACGAACCAUCAGUCCCGACCGUACACUGAGGAAACGCCGUUCGACAAUGGAGGCCUUUCUCAGCACGCCAAGCUCCAUGGAGGAUGAGGGCAACGAGGAGAACCAAACGACUGUUACUCUAGAGACUAAGGCCAGGUUACAGGAGGCCACUGGGGAGGAAGCUGAAGAAAAGCAAGUCCCAAUCACUAAUGGAGAAAUGCCUGGUUUAUCUAAGGGGCAGGCCAUUAAUGACAAUGGCAAUAAGGGUGAGACAUGCAUAAAUGACUCCACCCAGAAGAUUUUUACCACACACCAACCAAAACCUCCCUUUGUCAAGAAGAAGAUUAAAAUUUCCAACAAUGCAAAGGUUGGAAAAGCAGAUGCUCUGGGAGAGAGGGUGUCUGUGUCUGGGCAGAGAAGGCUGAAAGGUGAGGCGUCAGCCUCUGUAGCUCCAGCCUGUAAAGAGGCAGUCCGGACUCAGAGGAAUUCAGCCGAGGUUAUGGAAGUAGAGAACAUUUCUAGUUCAUCAGUUGCACAUUCAGCAGUGACAAACGUGAUAAAAGAAGAUUUGAAAUCAGCAGUACAGGUAGCAGUGCUUCCUCAAAGGCCUUCACAGGAUGAAAAGAUGUGUACAGAGUUAACAGUAAUUUCACAGAAAGAACAGCUCACUGUCUCAGUGUCCCCUGCUGCUCUUACAUUUUCAAGUCAUCCUGGGUCAAGAACUGAAGGUGAAAAUGCUGCCAAAUAUGAGAAGGAAGCUGGAAACAAUGCUAUAGAAGAAAGCUUGAAAAUGCAAGAGCAAAUCCCUUACAUUACCUCAACACAGCCACAGUCAAGUGCUAGAUCAACACUCCUAAGCAUAUUAAAAGAGGACUUUCAUACAACAACCAUGGAUGUUGAUUUGAAGUCAAACGCUUCAGCUGAUGGAUCUUUAUCCCACAAACACAGUGAGUCAGUGGAUGCAUCUUGUGACAGUAGGACUGCUUUAUCUCAGCGUCCAUGUGAACAGGCUGGACACCAGCUGUCUGAGAAAGAAACAAGCCCCAGCCAAAAUAAGGUGCCUGUGUCUCAAGUACCCCUGCCAAGUGAGGUUACACAGGAUCCCACAAAGAUGAUCUGGAAUGAUGCACCUGUCAGCCUUGAGCUACCAGCAGACCAGUGUAUGGUCAGCUCGCGACAACAAAAGACUCCAGUAGAAAGGCCGACCAUGACAGAUGACAUCCAAACCCCUUUUUUGCACAGUGGUUUUAAAACAGACGUUGACACAAUGACGCAAGACACAUGGGAUCAUUCCAGGGAAUUAAAUGAAGUCCUUUUUAAAAACGUGCAGAAGUCACCCCUUGAAAGGUCUAUCGGUGGUGAGAGCACCUUAGGGUGUAAUAUUUCACUUAACAUCCUGCAGAGCCAAGUUGAUCCAACUAUAAAAACCAUUGAAGAGACAGAAAUACAAGAUGAUAAGAAGGUAGAGGUCACUAAGUUGUUGGUACAGGAUGACAGUGAUGGCCCAAAUGAGAAGAUAGUUGAGAUGGAAACUGAAACUGCUGCUGUGCAUACGACUGAACAAACUAAAAUAGAAAAGAGCAAAGAUACAGGGAUUAAAGACGCUCGAGGAAUCAUUGUAGGUGCACCUUAUGAGGAAACUGAGCAGAAUGAGGGCGUAUCAAAAGUGGUGGAGAAAUCUAGUUCAGACUCACAAAAUUUGAAGGCAGAUACAUAUGACACCUCUCCCUCUAUCUUAACAAAAACAACAGAAAAUGCAAACUCAGUGGGAUACAUCAAAGGCUUUCAAGAAAUUUCAAAACCUGAAACAAAAAUCAUUUCUAUUGCUGAACUUUUAAGAUCGCAAAUAAAAGCUCUAGACUCCACAGUAGUAAGUCCAGUGUCCGUCAUACCAUCCCAUGCUAACUUACUACACAAUCAGAGUACAGCAACAGGGGCAUGCCAGGAAUUAGUGCACGACAGAAAUCUGGAGGUGAAAAAGUCAAUGCCUGACAGAGAAAAUAAGAAGGGUAUUGAUGAAACUCCCCCCACAACCAUAAAGGCAACACUUAUGGAGGUUUAUCAUCAGCUUUAUAAAACUGACCAGGAGCGAUCUAAGACUCAAAGUGCAACAUCACCACCUGUUCAGGUUUUGCAAAAGCCUCUUUUGAUCCCACCCAUUGCUAUUAUUGACAGUGGCACAAAUGACGUCAUAACAGGACUUCCCAGAAGUGAUGAAAAAUAUAAUGAAUGUGUCAUGGACAUUGGCCAGGAAACCCAACCAUCAACUCUGGCUCAUCCAAAAAAUUCCUCUGUUGUUGUUUCCCAACAAACAACCCCAAAACAAAAUUUUCCCUCUUUGACUUCUGAAGGUGAAAUGACCGAUAGACUUUUAAAUCUAUCUGGAACUGCCAGUCAGGAAUCUGGGCCUCCACUUACAACGACAGAUAUGAAGAAUGGUGUUCAAGAGCCACAAAUUGCUAUUUUGGAGCGUUCCAAAGAUGAACCUGUUCAAGGCAAAGGCAUGCAAUUCAUGCAGAAGUCAACUCCAGAAAUUAAACUCAGCAGCACAAAUGAAAGGGAUUUGACAACCAUUUCUGAUCAGUGCAAAAUGGAAGAUCAGUAUAUAAAUACAAGUUCUUUGCAGAGUACAGGAACGCUUCCUCCUGAAACCGGAUCUAACACACCAGGGAAUAAUCGUCCACUUACUCAAAAGGAGAGUUAUAUGGUUAAGGAAGGUUUGACAUCAGACUCCGUAGCAAAUCAAACUGCUGAACUUAGUCCAUUAUUAAAGAAAAGAAAUUGUGUUUCUCCCAUCCCUUCUGCUACCCCACAAGAGCUGGCCUCUGGGGCUCGCCGCAAAAUCCUAACACCCAAGGCCAAACCCGAAGAGGCCACAGAGACCACAGAGGCCACAUCACCAACUGAUAAUCAAACUCUGAAAAAGGAGGCGUCUAUGCAGAGCAGCAAACUUUCCACAACUUCUGUGACCUUCUCUACAUCUCCAAGCCUGUUGCGACAGUCAUCUCUACUUCAGCCCACUGGUGAGCAAACCUCUCUUCUAGAAAGGCGUUCGCCCCUCUUGAGCAGAAAGAAGAUGGCACCAGAAACACCCAGCCAGGUGGCUGCUGAUGAGAUUCAAACUGAGGUGAAACCUGUAGAGAAGGACAAGCAUAACCCAUUCAAAGCUCCUCAAGUUAUCCGUAAGAUUAGGGCUGAGACUUUUGCAGAUGCCUCAGGACACUUGAAACUGUGGUGCCAGUUUUUCAAUGUUCUCAGUGACUCGACUAUUCAGUGGUCCAAAAACGAGGUGGAGAUUGCUCAGGUUAAAAGAAAAGCAGGGGAUGAAGCUCAGGUCAAUCUUGCCAUUCUUCAGGCAUCAUGCAAAGACUCUGGUGUUUAUGGAUGCUCAAUCACAAAUGAAUACGGGACAGAUUCCACAGACACUCUGCUCAGUGCAGAGAUUUUGACUGGGUUGUCCCUGCGUGAGGACCUUGGGGUUGGGGAGGAAAUCGAAAUGACACCCCUAAUAUUCAGCAAGGGCGUGGCUGAUUCUGGUGUCUGGGGCAACAAAUUCUUUGGCCGCAUAAUGAUGAAGGAAUCUCGUAUUGGAGAUGGCUGUUCUCAUAAAGUCUGGAGGGCAAAAGUCAUCUAUGGCCUGGAGCCUGUGUUUGAAUCUGGUAACACAUGUAUCAUCAAAGUACGCAAUCCCAUCGCUUAUGGAGGCAAAGAGGAAAGCUGCCUUAUAGAUAGAAACCUGGACAUCAUGAAGCAGGAGUGUAAAAUUCAGAACAUGGCUCGGGAAUACUGUAAAAUCUUUGCUGCAGAGACGAGAGUUAUAGAAAACUUUGGGCCUUCUCUUGAGGUGAUUCCAGUCUAUUUGAUGUACAGACCAGCAAACGCUGUCCCAUAUGCCACAGUGGAGACGGAUCUCACAGGAGUGUAUCAGAAAUUCUCUGACCUGAACUCUACACACGGAAUAGACGUGAGGACCGGCUCUGAAAUGGAGCAGAAGUGCUGUGCCCUGCAGCACUGGAUCUUUCAGUGGACCAGUGGAAAUCUGGUAUUCACUCGGCUGGAAGGUGUUGACACUAAGAUCACCAAUGUUGAAAUUUCAGUCAAAUCCACGGGGCAUCAAGGUUUAUCUAUCGAAGCGAAUCCCAAAGUUUUUGAGCAGUUUAUCUCACAACACAAGUGUAACUACUUUUGUGGUCUGCUUGGCCUGAGGUCACUGAAGGUUAUGGACUCUUUACUGACGCCAACAAAGCCAAAGAGCUCCAGGAGUCCCUUACUUCAACGCAAGAUGGCUGCAGGCUCCUCCAGUCCUCAGACUGGCAGGAAAGCUGCUGGUAGUCCCAGAUUGUCCAGGAAGACUGAGCAAGAAGGAAGCAAGACCCCCACAAAACAGAAAGCUGGUGAUGCUCCCAAAGCGAUUUAGAUGGAAUAGAAUAAAUAUCUCUUAAUGAGACUUGAGAUAUCAUAUAUAUUCACAGAAAACCCAGGAAGAGCUGAAAGAUAGAAGCCUACUGGCACCUCAUUCAAAAGUAUAAAUCUUACACAAACAGAAAGAUGUUUAUUAAUGCUAUAACUAUUUAAUGUUAACAGCUACCAUUCCUUGCCAUUUAAUGUGGACUGAUGCAUUCAUCUACUGUAGUGAAUCCUAGGGCUUAAGCUGUCAUGUACUAAGAAGUACAGUGCUUCCUGACUUUAUGCUCUAUUAAUCAAGUACCAUAGGUCACAGAUUGCGGAUGCCUUUCUCAGGUCAGUGUAUCCAUACCACAUGAAUAUGAGACACUUUGGACUGAAGUGGCAUUGUGUUGUAUGCUGUCUAUGUGUGAUUCUCAACUUAAUUCUUUUGAAGUUAAAUGUAUGAAGUCACCAAGAAAAACUUAAGCAGGAUGUGCAUUAAGCCAAUCACACAAAGCAGGUUUUUAAGGCUGGGAGUAAUCAGCCAAUUUUCUCUUUCAGGAAUGUAUCAAGCCAAAUGUAGCUUCACGUGACACUGUUGUACAGUGACUAACGGUGCUGUGCGUUUAUAUUGUAACCAGACAUGU